AUGGAAGAAGAGCUAUAUUGUGCAAUUAUGGACUUUAGAGGAAACAAUCAUUUGAUUCCAAUGAAUAUCAAGGGGACUUUCAGUAAUUUAGUGGCCGAGGUGCAAAGUAGAAUUGCUUUUUUUUCAAGCCCAGUGAAGCUGACUUAUGAAGUCCCAUAUACAGAAGAAUUGUUUGUACGUGUCCAUGAUGACGUCGAUUUGUCAACAAUGUUCGAUGUACAUCUAAGUUGCAAGAAGAAGAUAGUUAAGAUGCAUGUUGACAUAGAUCGAGAUACAUUAUUUGGUCUAGAGGAAAACACCAUUCACAUAAGGAAUCCUACCAUAUCUCUUUCGGAACAACAUGCAUCCUCGACGCAUAAUCCAUCCAAUUCACAAAAUGCAUUACGUGAAGUUGAGAGAUCUAGUAUUCAGAUUCCUAUUUCAUGGUAUCAUGCCAUUAGAAGUGUCGGACAAGAAUUUAAUGAUGUUGAACAUCUAAGGUACAAGGGAACUCUACUUGCUGCUACUGCUUUGAAUGGAGAUGGAGGAAUGUUUCCUGUCGCUCUUUGUAUUUGUGGAACCGAGAAUGAGAGCAAUUGGGAGUGGUUCCUUGAAUGCAUUCGUGACGUAUUGUACAAUUCAGAUGAUCCAUAUACUCCGAAUGAUGAGCUGGUUAUAAUCUCUGAUCGAGACAAAGGACUUCAAAAUUCCGUCAAGAAUUGCUUCCCUUGUUCAUAUCACAGUUAUUGCAUCCGCCAUUUAAUGGCCAAUUAUAAGAACAACUUGUCAAAGAAAAGGUUACCAGCACCACUUAGGGAUGAUUGUGUUCAAAUUAUGAAGAGAGCUGCCUAUGCCUACACAAUGCAUGCUUAUCAUAAUGAAUGCAACGAGCUCCAGAAUAAGUCAUCUAUUGCUUUCAUUGAAAUGCUGAAUAUGAGCCCACAGAACUGGGCUAAUUGUUAUUUUCCUAGAAAGAGGUAUGGGUGGUUAACCUCAAAUCUAGCUGAGUCCUUCAACGCAUGGAUUAAGGAAGCCCGAUUUUUACCGAUAGCGCAGUUGGUUGAUCACAUCCGGGUGAAGAUGAUGAAAAUGAGCUACGAUAGACAUGAGGAAUCCAACAAAUGGACUACACCACUUGUUCCUAGUGUAGAGGAGCAUCUUGUCCUGAUCAACGAGGGUGCACGUUGUCUUCAUGUUAAUCCUUCUACAUCAAUUCUGUAUGAAGUAUAUGAUUCCCCAUCUGUUAGAGUGAAUUUGGAGUACCGCACGUGUACUUGUCGCCAAUGGCAAGUUCUUGGACUACCUUGCAAGCAUGCGGCCGCCGUAAUCAGGCACAAAGAUCAGCUAUUGUAUCCAUAUAUUUCUGACUAUUUCAGCACGGAGGUGUACCGCAAGUGUUACUCCUUUCCCAUAUAUCCAAUUCCUGAUGAUGAGAAGCCAAUUAUAACGGAUGAGAAUAUGGAGAUUAGACCUCCAUUAACCUCGAUUCGUAGAGGAAGGCCAAAAACAAAGCAGAUCCCUUCUGGACUAAAUCCUUCUAGAAUGUUGAAGUGUAUCCGAUGUAAGGAGUUCGGUCACAAUCGACGAACAUGUAACCAACCAAUAGCUGAUUGA